AUGAAGGUCUUCGUCGUCGUCGCUCUCCUCUCCUCGGUCCUGGCCGCGCCCACCAACCUCGAGGCUCAUUGGGUGUCUGGCCUCUGUAAUGGCGGCCUCCUCUACACCAGCCCGUCGUGUUGCAGCACCAGCAUCCUGGACAUCGCUAGCCUCGACUGCAGCGUCCCCAAUAAAUCCCCAAACGCCAUGAAUUCGUUUAGGAGCAUUUGCGGCGCCAUGAACAAGUCGCCCAAGUGCUGCACUAUUCCACUUGCUGGCCUGGCAAUCCUUUGCACCGAUCCCAUUGGCGCAUGA